AUGGUCAUUGGGUACAAGCAGGGACUCCCGACCUUCAGGGAUGUGGCCAUAGAAUUCUCUCAGGAGGAAUGAUGCUUGAACCACAGUCAGCGGGAGCUGUACUGGGAUGUGAUGUUAGAGACCUAUGGACACCUCCUCUUCUUGGGUCUCAUUGUAUCAAAACCAGACCUGGUCAUCGUUUUGGAGCAAGAGGAGGAGCUGUGGGGUAUGAAGAGAAAGGAGACAGUAGCCUCACACUCAGGUAGGUGGGAGUGA